AGAAGUGUUGGCUACUGCGAUGCAGAGAGCGGUGCUACUCCUCUGUUGGCUGCCGCUCCUCAACCACUGCCACGCCGUAAAUCCAGGUUGCUCCUGCGUCGUUUACAGCAGCUCGGACAGACCUCAAGGUGGCACGUUUACAUCCCCUUAUUAUCCGAAGCGAUAUCCAUCAAAUAUCGAUUGCCUGCUUUACACGUUUAUCGGUCAACCCGACGAAAUCGUCAAGCUGACGUUUCAUAACUUCAAUAUCCGUCGUAUACGACCCGAGUAA